AUGGACGUAUUUCGAUUACUGCUCCUCCUGCUGUGUGGAUUCGGAGCGCGCGAUUGGUCGUCGGGUGCCCAGAAACCGGAGGUCAAAGGACUGUGGGGCCAGAAUCUGAGAGAGGUUUUAUCCAGAAGAGAUCCUGCCCCGUGGUGGAGCAGCGGCGCCCCCCACAGGAAGCUGCUGUACUGUCGCGUGGGGAAGGGCUUCCACCUGCAGAUCCCGUCCGGGGGAGAGAUCCGCGGCGUGCACAGUCCGGACGAGUCCUGCCCGGACUCAGAGAACUUCACGGACGAAUGUCGCCUGAAGGAGACUCUGCUGGAGAACCACUACAACACGUACUCGUCUGAGCUGUACCCCGGACUCCACCUGGGCCUGUCCCACCGCGGGGACGUCAAGAGGGGCACCAGAGUCACCCCCAACCAGCCCUGUGCCCACUUCUUACCCCGGCGGACGCUGUGAGGGACCACGGACUUGAUAUUGAGGAGAAACCAGGUCCCGGGGCUUUCAAAUCGACGGGCAGAGCUCAGUGGUUCGUGUCUCCAGAUUAGUCUCGCCCGGUGAGGUUCUUCCGGUGUCUC